AUGAAUUGUUCUUAUCAUGCCAACAAACAAGUAUAAUAUAUCUGUGUAGCUUCUCACACAUGUUAAAGGAAACUAUGCAUUGUUUGUCAAUAUGAGCAUAAUGUAGAGUAGAAAUAAAUAAUUCCAAUUGAAAUAUUUCAAGAAAUGGUGAUCAAAAAAUUUACACAAUUCAACCCUCAUGAGGAAUCUGAAUUAUAAAAAUAAAGAUAGGCUUUUAAAUUCAUAGCCUUUUAAACCCAAAGUAUGCUGAAGAAUAUUUUGGAUGAAUUAUCUGAAUAAAUCAAAUCUACAUUUGAUUGGAUUGAAAAUGAAAACUAAUUAUUCAUUUAUCUUUACAAUUAAAAUAUGAAUCUCGCAUAAGCUUCUUAUGCUGAUUUAGAAAAAUUAGUUUAAAUUGUAGAAGGAACAAAAUUAAAUUCUUGGGAUACUUAGAAGAAUGCGGUUAUGAUGAAGUUAAAAAUAACCAACAAUUGGUGGGAAUAAGAAAUGUAAGACUUAAUUAGAAAAUUGAAGAAAGAAAUAUUUGAGGUUCGAUAAUUAAUGGAGAAAGAAAUUUAAAUCUUAGUUGAUGAAAUUUAUUUAACUAAAGAAGAUCUGUAUGAAAUUUCAGCCCACAUCCAGGAUUUAGAUGAAUCAAUAUUUGGGGAAAUUAUUGAAAUACUUAAAAAGGAUAAAAUAUCAGAUAUCCUAAGUUUGUUUUCAAAGACUUAAAAUUAAAAGCUUUAUGAAUUAUUUAUAAAUAGGUAAGACUAAUAAUUAUGUACUGUGAAAUAGACAAUUAAGAAAAUAAGGAGUAUCUUGACGAAUAUUUAGAAUCAUCAGUAUAAUAAGAAUGAUUAUUCCAGCGAGGAAUAUGCAGAAACCAAAACAGAGUUAAUUAAAAAAAUACAUUAGGAUAAGAAAUUCAUUUAAUUUUUAAAAUUCUUAGUUCAUCUUACAGCUUUUGAUUCAAAAUUCAUAUAAAGCGGAUCGAAUUCACUUCACUUAUUAGUAAAAAUUAAGGUUGAUUUGACAAAUCAAUCUUUUGAAAAUAUUAAAAUUAAAAAUACUUCAAUAUUGGGAGCUAAUUUGAGUAGAUGUAAUUUGAAGGGAACCGAAUUUGAAAAUGUCAACAUAAGUGGUGUGAAUUUGAAUGGAGCUCUACUAGUUAAUUGUAAAUGGAAGAAAAUGAAAAUAGAGGAAUUAAAUUAAUUAUUAAAUUAUAAAAGCGGUGUGAAUUCAGUCUGCUUUUCUCCAGAUGGAACUAAUUUAGUAUCUGGCAGUGAUGAUUAAUCUAUACGUUUAUGGGAUGUUAAGACAGGAUAAUAAAAAGCCAAAUUUGAUGGUCAUAAUUAAAUAGUAAAAUCAGUAUGUUUCUCACCAGAUGGAACUAAAUUAGUGUCUUGUAGUGAUGAUAAAUCUAUUCGGUUAUGGGAUGUUAAAACAGGAUAAUUAAAAGCCAAAUUGGAUGGUCAUACUCGUUCUGUCGAAUCAGUAUGCUUCUCGCCAGAUGGAAAUACAAUAGCAUCUGGUAGUGAGGAUAAAUCUAUCCGUUUAUGGGAUGCUAAUACUGGAUAAUUGAAAGCAAAAAAGUUCCUUUUUAAUUUAAUCAACACAGAAGCAAUUUUAGGUGGUCAUCGUGAUUCAGUUCGAUCAGUGUGCUUUUCACCUGAUGGAACUACAUUAGCAUCUGGUAGUGACGAUAAAUCUAUUCGGUUAUGGGAUGUUGAGAAAGUAAAAUAGAAAGUCAAAUUAGAUGAUCAUAUAGGUUCUGUUUACUCAGUUUGCUACUCUCCAGAUGGAAGCUCCUUAGCUUCUGGUAGUAGUGAUUGCAUUCGAAUUUGGGAUGUUAAGACAAGAAAAUCAAAAGUCUAAAUUGAUCACGGUGGUCUAUCUGUCUGCUUUUCUCCAGAUGGUAUUACCUUAGCAUCUAGUAGUGCUUAAUCAAUUCGAUUAUGGGAUGUUAAGACAGGAUAAUAAAAAGUCUAUUUUAAUGAUUGUGGUCGAUCUGUAUGCUUCUCACCAAACGGAAUUACCUUAGCAUCCAGUCAAAUUCGUUUAUGGGAUGUUAAGACAGGAUAAUCAAAAGACAAAUUAGAUGAAAAAUUAGAGGGCCACAGCAAUAGUAUCUAUUAGAUAUGCUUCUCGCCAGAUGGAACUAAUUUAGUUUCUAGUAGCAGUGAUAAAUCUAUCUGUUUAUGGGAUAUUAAGACAGGACAAUAAAAAUUCAAAUUGGAAAGUCGUAAUUAUUAGGUUCUAUCAGUGUGCUUCUCCCCUGAUGGAACUACAUUAGCAUCUGGUAGUGACGAUAAAUCUAUUCGGUUAUGGGAUGUGAAGUAAGUAAGAUAGAAAGCCAAAUUAGAUGGUCAUAGAAGUUCUGUCUACUCAAUAUGCUACUCUCCAGAUGGAACCAUCUUAGCUUCUGGAAGCAGUGAUUUCUCAAUUAGAAUAUGGGAUGUUAAGACAGAAUAAUAAAAAUUCAAAUUGAAAAGUUGUGAUUAUUCUGUUCGAUCAGUGUGCUUCUCACCUGAUGGAACUACAUUAGUAUCUGGUAGUGACGAUAAAUCUAUUCGGUUAUGGGAUGUUAAAACAGGAUAAUUAAAAGCCAAAUUAGAUGGUCAUAAUAGUUAUGUUUAUUCAGUAUGCUUCUCACCAAAUGGAAAUACCAUAGCAUCAGCUAGUCAAGAUAACUCUAUCCGUUUAUGGAAUGUAAAGAAAGAAUUAUAAGAACUCUAAAUUAAUCAUGUUUAUUUCGGUAGUUUCUCAAAUGUAAUCUUCUCCCCUGAUGGGACUACUUUAAUAUCUGGCAGUGAUGAUUAUUCUAUCCGUUUAUGGGAUGUUUAGACGGGAUCAUUAAAAGCCAAAUUAGAUAGUCAUUCUAGUUUUGUUUACUCAGUAUGUUUCUCACCAGAUGGAAAUACCAUAGCAUCAGGUAGCCAAGAUAAAUCUAUUCGGGUAUGGGAUAUUAAAAAAGGAAAAGAAAUUGCAUUGUAAAACAGUUCCUUUUCAGAUAGAGGUAAUUAUAACUAUUUUAUCUAGUAAUUUAUUAUCCUUUUCUAAUUAUUUCAUAAGAAAUUAGCCUCAAAGCAUAAGCAACUUAAAUUCUUGAAGGUGAAUUUGUAGAUUGGGCAGGCAUAGAUUUAAAAACUUUCUUUAAGCAAAAAGGAAGUUACAUUUUGUAAAAAUAUUGACAAUAAUAAAUUAAGAAUGAC